UCUCCAAAAGGAGAGAUUGAUUAAGACUUUCAAAGAACAAAAAUAAAAGAAAUGGGUUCUUGUACUCCUUCAGAGAUGAGAUUGAGUCUUAAAACCUCUGGUUCUUAUAUUCCCAAAUCCAUAGCCAACCUGCUGAAAGAAUUAUCAAAAAUUGAUAGCUCAUCAGAGAAGUUGACAAUUCUGAAUAAUUUUCUUAAAAAGCAUGAAGAAGAACUCUCAAAAGUUCAACUCUUUAAAAAUGAACUUCCUCAAUGCAUGUUGCUCAUUCUGGAUGCUAUUGAGACACUGAAGGAGGCGGUCCUGAACAUUAAGAAGGGAACUGGAUUUGAGCCCGGUAGUGACGAACGGGGUGUAAUGGAGUUUUUUGCAAUGAAGAGGAGAGGCUAUGAAAUAAUGCAGAGGGAAAUUUUUGAUCCUGAAGAAAUUAAAAUUCAGGCUGUUGAGGAGCCUGAAAAAAGCGUAGGAUAUGGCAGCUUGAGUGUGAUCAGAGCGAAUGAUCAGACAUUGAAUUUUCGGGCCAAGCAAAUGUUGUUAAUGCCUAGAGGUAAGCCUAGAGGUAAAAACAACAGAAUAAUUUGGACAACAGAACUUCAUUCCAGGUUUGUGGACGCCCUGGAAUUUCUUGGAGGUCCUGAAGCUGCAACUCCAAAGCAAAUAAAAGAAGUCAUGAAACUUGAAGGGCUCACAAUUGAUCAAGUAAAAAGCCAUUUGCAGAAAUAUCGGCUUCAUAUUAGAAAGGUUUCUGCACUAUGGAUGUCAGAAUGGAAACCAACAACCAUCGUCAAGGAACGUCCAGGACGGCUAACUUUUAAUACUGUUGGAAGCAGAAACUAGAAACCAAUACUGUAAAGAAAGCUUCUGCAGGAAAUCUUGGAAUGGUUACCAGUUUUGCAGAAUUAAGUUAAUUACUAAAUAGUCUAGUACGUAGUGCCUGCACUGUUGUGUCAAUAAAGGGAAUUGCAACAUUAUUAACUUCCAUAGAAGGGGACGAGUUCUUGCUAAUGGGUUCUCGUUUAAUUAAUGUACUGUAAAAUUGUGAAAUUACAAGUUUGAA